AUGGGGCUCCCCGUGAAAAGGAAACGCGAAGAAGAACACCAUGAGACAAAAAAGAAAGAAGGACGCUCAAACCACGCCCCUACCUACCCAAAGUUCACUCCCCUAAAAGCAAAACUCAUGGAAGUAUUGAUGGUGGCAGAACAGAAAGGUUUAGUCCAACCCCCGCGACAGAUGAAAGAAAAUCCGAAAACGCAAAAAUCAGAUAAAUACUGCGAAUACCAUCGAGAUCGGAGCAACGCCACCGACGAAUGCUUCCAACUUAAGCAAGAAAUCGAGGGACAAAUUAAGAAGGGACACCUUGGCGAAUUCGUGGAUACCCUGCGACACCAGAAAUUCAAAAAUAAACCACAUUUCCAACAGAAAGGAGAACGUCCCAAUCCUCAAAAAGAUCGGGAGGAUGAUAAUCUUCCGACUCAAAUAAUCACGAUUGCAUUUAGCGACGACGAUCUCGAGGGGCCACGUGGUGAGCACAACGAUGUGUUGGUCAUUUCUGCAUCAAUUUCCAAUUACUUAGUGAAGAAUAUUUUGGUAGACGGUGGUAGCUCGACUGACAUUAUAUAUUACGAAGCUUUCGAAAAACUAGGGAUAGCCAAUGCGAAACACGCACCCGUGAAAACGCCCCUAGUGGGUUUUACAGGACACACCGUCGAAGUUGUGGGAGAAAUUUCCCUAGUCUUGUGUUUGAGCUCAUUCGCAUGCCAUGCAACAAACACGGUUAACUUCUUGGUCGUCAAGGCACCAUCUACAUAUAACGUGGUUUUGGGGUGGGCAACUAUGAACCUCUUUAGAGCAAUCCCAUUAACAUAUCAUAUGAUGCUGAAAUUUCCUACAGCUAGCGGAAUUGGAGAAGCCGUAGCUGAUCAACGCGUAGCUUAA